AUCAGGCUUUGCGCUGAGAAUGGUAACUCGUCUUGGAGUCAGCGCGCUCAUAUCAGUGGGAUGCUUCAUGGAGAUAUGUACCUCUCAUUGCCCUCUCAGCCUCCAACAUGGAUUGCAAACCCCUUGUUCUUUUUCUGAUCCUCUCUUCAUUGAUCUGCCUGGGACAACUCACUAACCACCCCUCUAACGAAGUUAAUCUGCUGGAUUCGAAGGCGAGUCAAGGGGAGCUGGGCUGGAUCUCUUAUCCAUCACAUGGGUGGGAAGAGAUCAGUGGGGUGGAUGAGCACUACACCCCGAUCCGCACCUACCAAGUCUGCAACGUGAUGGAGUACAACCAGAACAACUGGCUAAGGACCAACUGGAUCCCGCGCAACUCAGCCCAGAAGAUUUACGUGGAGCUCAAGUUCACCCUGAGAGACUGCAACAGCAUCCCCCUGGUGCUAGGCACCUGCAAGGAGACCUUCAACCUGUACUGCAAGGAGUCAGACGAGGACCAAGGGGUCAAGUUCCAGGAGCACCAGUACACAAAGAUCGACACCAUCGCGGCCGACGAGAGCUUCACUCAGAUGGACCUGGGCGACCGCAUCCUCAAGCUCAACACUGAGGUGCGGGAGGUGGGGCCUGUGAGCAAGAAGGGGUUCUACCUGGCCUUCCAGGAUGUGGGGGCCUGCGUGGCACUGGUCUCUGUGCGAGUCUACUUCAAGAAGUGCCCGUACACUGUGAAGAACCUGGCCAUGUUCUCAGACACGGUGCCCAUGGACUCCCAGUCACUGGUGGAGGUGCAGGGCUCCUGUGUCAAUCACUCCAAAGAGGAGGAGCCUCCCAGGAUGUACUGCAGCACGGAGGGGGAGUGGCUGGUGCCCAUCGGGAAAUGCUUGUGCAACAUCGGGUAUGAGGAGAGAGGGAACUCCUGCCAAGACUGCAGACCCGGGUUCUACAAAUCUCUCCCGGGGAACGCAAAGUGUGCAAAGUGUCCUCCACACAGCUACACCCAGCAGGAGGGAUCUGUGCACUGCAGCUGCGAGAAAAACUACUUCCGCGCAGAGAAGGACCCCGUCUCCAUGGCCUGCACCAGACCUCCCUCCGCCCCGAGGAACGUCAUUUCAAACAUCAACGAGACUUCGGUCAUCCUGGACUGGACCUGGCCUGCAGACACAGGGGGCCGGAAGGAUGUGACGUUCAGCGUGGUGUGUAAGAAAUGUGGUGCCAGCGCUCAGCAGUGUGAGCCGUGCCGCGGGGCUGUGCGCUUCCUGCCGCGCCGUGUCGGCCUCGCCAACACCACAGUGACCGUGGCCGACCUGCUGGCUCACACCACCUACACCUUCGAGAUCGAGGCCCUGAACGGCGUCUCUGAGCAGGGCUCUGCACUCAAGCAGAGUGCCGCCGUCACCAUUACCACCAACCAAGCUGGUAAGGCUCCAUCACCAGUCACUGUGAUUAGGAAGGACCGCACGGCCCGGAACAGCAUCACCCUCUCCUGGCAGGAGCCAGAACGCCCCAACGGGAUCAUCCUGGACUAUGAGGUCAAAUACUACGAGAAGCAGGAACAAGAGACAAGUUACACUAUCCUGAGAUCAAAAGGCACCAACGUAACGAUCAACGGGCUGAAACCUGACACCACGUACCUGUUUCAGAUCCGAGCGCGCACUGCGGCAGGGUACGGGGGCAGCAGCCGCAAGUUCGGAUUUGAAACCAGUCCGGAUUCUUUCUCCAUCUCCAGUGAAAACAGCCAGGUGGUGAUGAUUGCCAUCUCAGCUGCUAUAGCCAUCAUCCUGCUGACUGUGGUGGGGUACGUCCUGAUUGGCAGAUUCUGUGGGCAUAACAAGUCGAAACACACUGAUGAAAAAAGGUUUCAGUUUGGAAAUGAUCAUUUAAAACUCCCAGGACUCAGGACAUAUGUGGACCCACACACUUAUGAGGACCCCAAUCAGGCUAUCCAUGAAUUUGCUAAGGAACUGAACUCCUCUUGCAUAUCCAUCGAUAAAGUGGUUGGAGCAGGUGAAUUUGGAGAAGUGUGUAGUGGCCGGCUGAAGCUGCCCUCUAAGAGAGAGAUCUCUGUGGCAAUCAAAACCCUGAAAGCAGGCUACACUGAGAACCAGAGGCGGGACUUCCUGAGCGAGGCCAGCAUCAUGGGCCAGUUUGAGCACCCCAACAUCAUCCGGCUGGAGGGCGUGGUCACCAGAAGUAAACCAGUGAUGAUUGUCACAGAGUACAUGGAAAAUGGUUCUUUAGACAGUUUUCUACGAAAUCACGACGCCCAGUUCACUGUGAUCCAGCUGGUGGGCAUGCUGCGCGGCAUUGCCUCUGGGAUGAAGUAUCUCUCUGAUAUGGGCUACGUUCACAGAGACCUGGCGGCUCGCAACAUCCUGGUCAACAGCAACCUGGUGUGUAAGGUGUCUGAUUUUGGGCUGUCACGUGUGCUGGAGGACGACCCUGAGGCUGCCUACACGACGCGGGGUGGCAAGAUCCCGAUCCGGUGGACUGCACCAGAAGCCAUCGCCUACCGCAAGUUCACCUCCGCCAGCGAUGUGUGGAGCUACGGCAUUGUGCUGUGGGAGGUGAUGGCAUAUGGAGAAAGGCCUUACUGGGAGAUGUCCAAUCAGGAUGUAAUUAAAGCAGUGGAUGAAGGCUACCGGCUGCCUCCUCCCAUGGACUGCCCAGCUGCCCUGUACCAACUGAUGCUUGACUGCUGGCAGAAGGACAGGAACAACAGGCCCAAGUUCGAGCAGAUUGUCAGCAUUCUGGACAAGCUCAUCCGCAACCCAAGCAGCCUCAAGAUCACUGCCAACACCGCUUCCAGGCCAUCAAACCUUCUGCUGGACCGGAACAGCACAGACAUCACAGCCUUCUGCUCAAUGGGCGACUGGCUGGAGAGCGUCCGGACGGUGCCCAGCAAGGACCACUACACUGGGGUCAGCUACAGCUCCUGCAACACGCUAGCAAAGACAUCAGUAGAGGACUUGAAGAAGAUAGGCGUAACUGUUGUAGGACCUCAGAAGAAGAUUGUAAGCAGCAUUAAAGCACUUGAAACACACACAAAGAACGGCCCGGUUUCGGUGUAAAAACAGACCCUUCGCUGCUUUGGAUCAGAAAAAUGAAAACAACGCAAUGGACAGCAAUGGAACAGUGGCAAAGGCACAGGGGGAUCCAGGGAUCUCAGGAAGAGUUUCAUAGUGCUCAGAGUCCAGAUGGAUAUUAGUCCCAGGGUACAUAAAGACUUACCAGUGCUACGAGUUAGAGUUGCCUUAAUUAAAAAAAAAAAAAAAAAAACAAGAGGAAGGAAAACUGUGUUUUCUACCAAUUAAAGUACUUCAAUCAAGCUGUCUUUUGUCAUGUACCCAGGAUGUGAGAACAUUUAUUCACAAGGCUACAUCAAAAAGCAUGGCUAGCUUUGAGACUAAUAAUUGAUCAAGUGGAAGUGGUAAGAAUGGUGUUUGCUGUUAACAUGUUUCAAAUUAAUUAGUUAGGGGAAUGGCUUUACUAAUGUUGCUAAAAAGGUUAAAUAACCCAACUACCGCUGGAGACUAGAUUUUGAUUGCAGGAACUGUUGUUGUCUUGAGCUAAGCAAUGUAAUAAGAUCAGUUCAGAACCCCCUGACUCCUACCCAGAGGUUUAACACACUAAUCAUUCUAUCAAUCAUUGCACACACACAGGGUUCAGCAGGGUCAGGGAUGGAUGUCAAACAGAAAGAUCAAAAAACAUUAAGGCUUUUGACCACAGAAAUGGUUCAGUAUUGAGUGUUGUUCAGUGGAGUUUUGCAGUGAAAUCAUGCUUAACAUGUUUGUUGCUCGCAUUUGUUUUUCUCAAGUGCAAUACACCAAUCAUAAUUCAUGAUAAGGCUCUGAUUAAAAUAGCUGGUAUACACUGUUUAACAGUAACGCGGUCCUCAGAAUGACAGCCCUGUUCAUGUAAUGUAAUGAAAGUGCCAAACAGCAAGUUACUUUGCUUUAGGGAACAUUUUGUGGUGUAUUUGAACCCUAGAGUUAAGACACAAACCACAAUGUGUAGAUUCAGAUUCUAUAAUUAUAGGUCUUGGGCCAGAUAAGAAAGCAGUUUUCAGUAUAAUAACUAUUUCUCUCAAUACUAAUUGACAGAUGCUAGUUUUCUCACACAAACUGAUAUGCAGAAUAUGAGGUUAUGAAUUACCAUUGAUUUCAAAUUGGAAUAUAUUGUAAUGGAGAUACUAUUUUGAAUCUGGAGAAAGUCCAGUUCAAAUUGUUUGCAUGAGAUUGCUGACUGACAGACGAGAUGGAAGACUCGUCUCAAGAAUGAGUGUGUUUUAAGCCCCAGAUCAGCAGCUUGUCCUUCACUCAAGGGCCUGUCCCAUUGCUGUGCCUUUUUGUUGCCUUUGCCCCAGCUAGCAGUCACCCUUAUAAUGCCAUGCAGCUGCCCAGUGUGGGUUUUAAAGAGGAAGUAAUCUAGGUAGAUCAAGUUUAGUCAGAUUGAGACUGGUAUUACUUGUCAGUGAUAACAGUUGCCAUGAUUUCUAUAAAACUGAGAACCAUUUUUAUAAUUUUGAAUACAAAAAAAGUGAUCUUUUGGUGCGCUGCAGUGUCUCAUCUGAAGUGAAGCAGAACGCUCAGUGGAAAACUGGAUGGGUAAUCCUGAUAUCAAUUAAAUGAUGCAUCUUUAACAGAUGAAGACAUGAGAGAAAGAAUGAUAACAUAUAUUGAGAAAUAUAUCCUGAAGGGGUAGAAAUGAUCAGAAAUAAUUUGUUAUCAGAGUAAAUACUGUCCUGUGCUCUGCUUCAUUGCGUCCCUCCCCCCGGCUUCAUGGAGCAUUCCAGUGAAUGGACUCUUAGUGGGAGAGACUGCACUCCUGUUACAGUUCUCAUCGACACAGUAUCUUAGAGUGAUUUCUCUAACCCUAACCCUAACCCUCCCCCCGGCUUCAUGGAGCAUUCCAGUGAAUGGACUCUUAGUGGGAGAGACCGCACUCCUGUUACAGUUCUCAUCGACACAGUAUCUUAGAGUGAUUUCUCUAACCCUAACCCUAAUCCUAACCCUAACUCUCCCCCCGGCUUCAUGGAGCAUUCCAGUGAAUGGACUCUUAGUGGGAGAGACUGCACUCCUGUUACAGUUCUCAUCGACACAGUAUCUUAGAGUGAUUUCUCUAACCCUAACCCUAACCCUCUCUCAUUAUACAUGUGAAUAAAUAUUCUUCCCCACAGUGUUAUCCUGUAUAUAUGGAAACAUGAUAUUGUAAUAUUAGUAACAGUGACAUUAGUGGUACUGUCAUUUCUGUGGCCAUCUCUUGUACAGAACUUAUAUUAAAAAACCUUGCUUAGGGCAACAUAUUUUUAAAAAAAUGUACCAUAUUAUCUAUUCAGUACCUUAAAAAUCAAUUCUAAUUUCCAUCUAUUAUUUAUUUCUGUUAGCAUAUCCAGUGCAGAGUUGUUGCUUGUAGCAUACAGUAAACUAUGACAGUGUAUGGGAUUUCUAUUGAUGGUGUGUAUUUGCCUUUUAUUGUGUAAGUUUGUUUCGUUGGUAUUUCUGUUUUGUUUUUGAAUACAAUACUGUUAUCCCCUAAUUUAGUUUUUGUGUGCAAAUGUAAAUGGCCUGCUACUAAUGUAAAAGGAUUUGUAGUGGAAACAUUUAUAUUUUUAUAAUAAACAUAAUGAAGGUAUUUUUUACAGAAU